UCGGGCUGGGAGAGGGAGGAUGAUGAGACUGACACAAGGAGGGAAGUUCGAAGGGAGCACAUGUUGGGGGAGUUGGAUUGAAGCCGCACAAGUGAGGCAGGUGCUGUCCUAACCGGAGGAAGGUCAUCACGCACAUAGCCCCCCCUGCAUCCUCAUCUCCUGAACAUCUCCGAGAGUGUGGAAAGCCUGCAUCCAGGCCUCGUCCUGGACACCAACAAGCUCGCUGAGAGCUCCGCAGAGGGGGAAUGCUGCGGGAGCUGCUCAGCUCCUUCUGGACCCCCCAUUAUGCAAAGUGUGCCCACUUUGGAAGAGCCAGUCUUCACCACGGUGGAUCUGUGCCAAGAUGGAGAAGAAGAUGACAGCUAUCUGACAGCAAAUGAAGGAGGGAUGGAGGAGCUCAGCGGUCAGGAUUCAAAUUCUGAAGAUCUGCGAAGGAAGGAAAAACGAUUACCUUUCCAGAUCUUCCCUGAUCCAGUCGAGGUAGUUCUUGGCCCAGAGACGUCUUUGAACAGCUUGGCUCAGAACCACCAGAGGGAGCGUCUACCCUCCAUCGUUGUGGAGCCCACUGAGUUGAGCGAGGUGGAGAGCGGAGAACUACGCUGGCCCCCAGAAAACAUCGACAUGGGCGAGGAUGAAGAGGACCUCUUCUUGGAGCAGUGCAUCCCCCCAGCCAACAUUGCUGACUGGGGAGAGGAGGAUGAGGAGGAGAGAACAUCAGUUUUUCUGAACCAGCAGCAAGGAUUGACACUCAUUGACCUACAGUCAGAUGAGUUUCGAGAUGACACCCCCACACUUCCACCAAGCUGUGCUCCGGCCCUCAACCGAAACCUCUGAGGACCCCGUGAGGAAACAAUAACAAGUUGACACUGACAAUGAAAGAUUAUGCGUGUGAGCUGAAAGACUAAACAGCAUUGCUGAAAAAGGAAAAUAUGCUCAAGUGCUGAUAAGCAGCCAGUGAAGCUUACAGAGAAGCCAUAAAUGGGCAUGUCUGUACACUUGGCAACAUGCUGAUGAAGAUAAUCACACAAACAGAAAUGGUAAAAUGCAAAUAUUCACAGAACAUUACCCUUUUUGUGUCUUUUUUCAACUUUUAGUCAUUGCUUCAUGUGUGAUUUUACUAACUCCCACUUUUGAAGGCCAGUGAGUCAUAGUGCUAAAAAAGGACAUGCUUGUGUUGAAAGAGGACAUGCUGGUGUUGCAUAUUGUACUGUUCCCCAAAGAUCCCUAAACCUAUUGAACUCUAUCAUCAACCGUUUUCUAACCCAAUGGGGACUUCUGUGGAUAUUUAGAAGAUAAAUCUCUAUCACUCAUGAAACAGUCACAUCAUACAGUGUAUAUGGGGUCAAAGCUUGUAACGUAAAAGCAUUUUAAGAACUGUCCUUUCAUUUUGAGUUAAAAGAGGCAGCUCGUGUUUAUAGAUCAAUUCAGAUAAAACUGAGAACUACAGUUGUGCAUUGCUAUGGAGAUUCAUUUGAGUUUGUGUCUAGGCUGACCUGUGAAUAUAAUGUACAUAUAAUUAUGUCACUGUAUAAAUCAUUGCAAUAAACCUGUCAAUUAAGAUAUUUUGCCCCAGUUGCACAAUCCAUGAUUUGUAAUGUAUAGAUAUUCACAAAAAUAUGAUUUUGAAUAAAUUGAAUAAAUGAAAAUUAUA